UUAAACCCUCAGCCAAGGUUUUUCCCUUCAUACUUUAGCUGUAGUCAGAACCAGGCUGCGUGCACUACAAAUCCCAGAAUCCUCUCGUCCUCCAUCCAUUGCCUGCUGUGACCGGUGGGGCUGUGUAGCCCACUAGUCUCUCGGAGACAUAGUAUACAGAUAAAUAUAUGCAGCUUUAAUGGAGAGUGCUGCGUACUCACCGCUGUGUUCGCACCGACACCUGCUGUAAUAAUAAUAGUAACUAUGGCCGGACACAGGAACGCUUGGUUCCCGCCCUUGUUUCCCCCGGUAAGGAAGACGUGCUGCCACUGCAGGUGCCUGGCCUAGGGAGUCACUGCGUGCAGCCACCGGGUAACUUAUAGCCCUGCAAGUCUCACUACACAGCAGCCAUUGGAGGCAAAACCGUGAACGAUGUCUCAUCCAAGCGGCCCAAUUGAGGUGGAACGUAAAUUUGUCCCAGGCCCAGAGGUGGAGGACCAAUUGCUUACUCUGGGAGCUGUGCUGCAAGAUGAAAUGAAGUUCCAAGACUCAUACUAUGACAGUCCUGAUCUACGUUUGACUCUAGCAGACAUGUGGCUGCGCAAGAGAGCAGACUCGUGGGAGCUGAAGCACCCUUUAGUUCGGGGUGCCCGUGGAUUGAAUGGCACCUCUACCCAAUAUCAGGAAUUAAAUAAUGAAGCUGAAAUUAUCUGCCGGGUAAGCGAAGAGUUAGGAGUCCCAUGUCCCCACAACUUGGAAUCUCUGCAACUUGAAGAGUUUGCAAGAUUUGUGACGACAAGGCGUAAAUUCCUGUUACCUCUAGAUGAUAACAGUAACCACAACGUGGUAGUGGAUCUGGACAUGACAGAUUUUGGCUUUGCAGUUGGAGAAGUGGAGGUUCUGGUACAGACAAAAGAAGAGGUGCAAAGUGCAUUGGUGAAAGUGGAUGACAUCUGCAAGAAACUAGGCAAGUAUGAUAGGGCUUAG